UAUAAAUUACCAACCUUAUUAAUCAGGCAUGUAUUCCCCAGCACGCAGUAAACCACCGCGCACGACGGCGGCCGGCGGCGGCGGCGGAAGAAAAUGAAACCACAUCUAGUGUUCCUGCCGACCUCCGGCAUGGGUCACAUCAUUCCUCUCUUCCAGCUGGCGAAGAAGCUCGUCCUCCGCCACGGCUGCCACGUCACCUUCCUCGUGAUUACCACGGAGGCUUCCGCCGCUCAGGAGAACUUUUUCCGGACGCCGGCGGCGAACGUACCUGGCCUCGCCGUCGUCAACCUCCCGCCGGCCGACGUCUCUGAAAUUCUCACCGGCGACAUGAGGCUCGUCACUCAAAUAUCUGUAAUCGCGCGGGAAUCGCUGAAACCGUUGAAAUCGAUUCUGACGGAGCUCGGAGAAAUCGCCGGCGUAAUCAUCGAUAUAUUCGCGACUGACGCCAUUGACGUCUGCCGGGAAAUGUCGAUUCCGGUGUACUCGUUUUUCACGGCGUCGGCAGUUCUGCUCGCCUUCACGCUGUGUAUCCCGACGCUCGACGGCGAAGUCGCCGGCGAAUACGUCGACCUUCCGGCGCCGAUCGAGAUUCCGGGAUGCCGGCCGAUGAGGACGGUCGAUCUUCUCGAUCAGGUCAGAGAUCGGAAAAACGCUGAAUAUGAAUGGUACCUUCACCAUUCGCGGCGGUUAUCGGAAGCUUCUGGAAUCUUCUUGAAUGUUUGGGAAGAUCUCGAUUCCGAUCGGAUUAAAGCACUGAACGAAAACCCGUUCUUCAGGAACCUUCCGGUGCCGCCGGUUUAUCCGGUCGGACCGGUGAUAAAAGACGGCGAAGAUCUCUCCGGAAAGGACGCCGGAAUUAUAGCCUGGCUGGAUUCUCAGCCGCCGGAAUCGGUUUUGUUCGUCUGCCUCGGCAGCGGCGGAGCUUUAUCGAGCAAGCAAUUGAUCGAAUUGGCAUGGGGACUGGAAUUGAGCCGGCAGCGGUUCGUUCUGGUGGCGCGCCGGCCGACGGACGGCGUCGCCUCCGCCGCGUACUUCACCGUCGGCGGGGAGGACGGCGGCGAUCCGUCGUCGUAUCUGCCGGCCGGAUUUGUCGACAGGACUGAAGGAAGAGGACUGGUGGUGCCGUCGUGGUCGCCGCAGAUGGCGAUUCUCCGGCACGGUUCCACCGGAGCGUUUCUGUCGCACUGCGGAUGGAAUUCGACGCUGGAGAGCUUAGUUCACGGCGUUCCGAUGGUUGCGUGGCCGCUUUAUGCGGAGCAGAGGAUGAACGCCACCAUGCUGGUGGAGGAGGCCGGAGUGGCGGCGAGGGUUUCGGCGGCGUCGGCGGCGGUGGGGGGAGAAGUGGUGGGAAGGGAGGAGAUUGCGAGAGUGGUGAAGGCGGUGAUAGAAGGAGAGGAAGGGAAGGCUAUGAGGCGGAGAGCUCAGGAAUUGAAAGAAACCGCCAGGGCGGCGGCGGAGGACGGCGGCGCGUCGGAUCGGUGGCUCGCCGGCGUUUUGGGUUUUUGUGUGGAAGAUAAUAAGUGAACGUGGAAUAGUAGAAGUCAUCGAGUAGCGAUACCCCACUUGUUUUGUUCUAGUCGAAUUUGUUUGUGAUUUUUUUAAUUUUAUAAAAUUGUAUUUUUAUCAAUUUUUAUAAUUUUAAUUUCGAUUA